GGGUGUGGAUGUGGGUGUGGGUGUGGGUGUGGGUGUGGGUGUGGGUGUGGGUGUGUUUCAUAUUAGAUAGAAUCAAAGCAGGCAUACGACGCGUUUCGACUUUGUAUUUCAGUUGUUGAUUGAAGGAAACGAUUUUUUCUUAGAUAUGUCAGUAGCUUUUAAUCUGAAACUUUCGUUUUUCAUGGUAUGUUUUAUUUAGUGUAUCUAAAAAAAUGAAAUAUCUAUAUUAUGGUUAGUGUUUGAACUGAGAGAAAUAUGUCAUAUUCAUAGUGAAUAUAUAGUUCCAUAUCAAAGAUGGUGUUAAGUUUUUGAAGGUUUUUGCAGUAUGAGUUAGAAUGAUACAAAGGAUGGAGAAAAAUUACAUGUUUUGUUUUCUUUAUGUUUUAUGCUGUAGGUGUGGUUUGUAACGUGAUGGUAUUUGUUGUCGAUGCUUCUUCUAUACAUGUUAAGAUCUCUCGGGGUGGUUUCUUGUGAAUAAAAAAUGUUUCUAGUGUUCGCUACGUAAUACUGACUAGUCGAACUUUAACGUUUUGCAGAAGAGACCCGUCGUGUGCAUAGUGAGUUCGCUACCAUUGGUAAAAUUGUUUUCGAAAAGUGGUGGAUUGAGAACUGUCGAACAAAUAUCGUGGAUACAUGAUGUUUGCGUCUCAUAUAUUGUGUUGCAUUAUUGUAGGUGACCGGAUUGGAUCUUGUGUCAUUAGAUUAAGUUGAUUUUCGUGGCGGGUCGGUUGAUAUAAUAAUUGUUGAUGUAGCUGAUGGUAAAAUUGUUUAUUCAAUUCGUUGGCAAGGGACAUGGCGUUGUUUACUUCAAAGAAUCGAUAGAAUUGCUUUGCGAUAAAAUUUGGUGGAUAAUUAUUUAGUAAUAGUGACAUAUCAAUACGAAUACAUUCUCUGUUGAAGUCAUGUACAUCAGAACAAAUACGGGCAGCACGUAGUAAAGAAGAAUAUGGUAUAUUUCGAUGAAUAUGACGUGGGUGGUCGGAUGUAUAUGGCAAUAUAUAAGGUUCAGAAGUUUGCUUAUGAUAAAGGGAUGUUUUUAAUUGUCCAUGGUCAUUUGUUAUUGUAGUAUCCAAAAAAUUAACCUUUGUGUUAAUUCCAUGAUGAAUUUUAAUAUUUAUAUCUUUUUUGGAUGCAUGUUGGAGCUCUUCUUUAAUUUCAUAUGUAGUUUGAUUGGUGGUCAUGAAUACAUCAUCGAUGUAACUACAAUAGGGAAAAAUUAGUAAUUGGAUGUUUUCAGUUGAACAAAUGUUUGACAAACCUUCCAUAUAUUCCAUUAUAUUUUUCUUGAUGUUUGAUUAAAUCCUGUUCCCAUUCAUACAUAUAGAUAUUAGCUAACACUUAUGUGAAUGCUGAGCCCAUAGCUCCACCUCGAGUUUGUUUAUAAUAUCUAUUAUUAUAGGCAAAGCAAUUGUUAUCCAAUAUUAAACGAGCUAUUCACAUAAUAUGAUCAAUUCCCAUGUAAAAAAAAAGCCUAGAAAUCGGAUUAAAAUCGAUUUUCGAGAGAAAAAUCGUGAAAAAUCGAUUAAAAGUGGCAAAUUCUGAUUAAAUUCGACCCAAGAAUCGAUUAUAAUCGAUUUUACUUAGAAAAAAUCGAUUAUAAUCGAUUUUACUUAGAAAAAAUCGAUUAAAAUCGAUUUCUUUUGAAGAAAUCGCAAUAAUCGAUUAAAAAUCUAAUCGAUUUUAAUCCAUUAUUCUAUGAAAUCGAUUAAAAUCGAUUUUACUGAACAAAAAUGGAUGAAAAUCGGGGUGUGGGUGUGGAUGUGGGUAUGUGGGGUGUGGGUGUGGGUGUGUGGGGUGUGGGUGUGGGGUGUGGGUAUGGGUGUGGGUGUGGGGUGUGUGGAUGUGAGGUGUGGAUGUGAGGUGUGGGUGUGUGGGUGGGUGUGGGUGUGAGCUAUCUUUUUAUCAACACCCACACCCCACACGCACACCCACACCCACACCCACACCCACACCCCACGCCCACACCCCACGCCCACACCCCACACCCCACACCCCACACCCACAUCAGACUAAUAUGAAAAAUCUCUUAAACAUGAAAGAAAAACUCAUUGAGUAAACGUUGUUCAUAUAAGUACAAUAAUGAAUUUAUUUUUGCCAAUAAGAAACUAACGAAAUAUUAUAGAAAAGCAUUAUAUAUACAAAUUAAAAUUGAAGAAACAACACAAUCCGAUCUUGUUAAUAUUUCUACAAUCUAUUCUAAUAUUGAAUGUAUAUUAACAGAUGUGCAUUUAUUCUUACCAGAAUUGAUUGAUCUUGAAAAAGAUUUAGAUAUUCGAUUAUAA